AGAAAGAGCAAACAGAAAGGAUGAUGAGAAGACGCCUGAGGGAGCCGUGCCAGCGUACCUGCUGGACAGAGAGGGGCAGUCCCGUGCCAGGUCCUCUCCAACAUGAUUAAACAGAAGAGGAAGGAGAAAGCUGGUAAAUGGGAGGUGCCACUGCCAAAGGUGCGGGCACAAGGGGAGAUGGAGGUUCUGAAGGUGGUGCGGACAGGCAAACGACAGAAGAAGGCCUGGAAGCGGAUGGUGACCAAAGUCACCUUUGUUGGAGACGGCUUCACACGGAAACCCCCCAAAUAUGAGCGCUUCAUCCGGCCCAGGGUUCUUCGUUUUAAAAAAUGUCACGUGACGCACCCAGAGCUUAAGGCCACAUUCUGUCUGCCUAUCCUUGGCGUGAAGAAGAACCCCUCCUCGCCCCUUUACACAACACUAGGGGUCAUCACAAAGGGAACAGUCGUUGAAGUCAACGUCAGUGAGCUGGGCCUUGUCACACAAGGAGGAAAGGUCAUCUGGGGUAAAUAUGCCCAGGUAACGAACAACCCAGAGAAUGAUGGCUGCAUCAACGCUGUGCUGUUGGUCUAACAGAGCCUGGCUACAUGAACUGUACCUCUGAAAGCUGCUGUUGUGCAAUACCAGCUCUGGGAGUGUCGGUAUCCUCACAGAGAACACGUCUUGUAAUCCGUGGAGAAGAAGAAGAAUUAUGGUGUGGAGGUGUACAACCAGAUGCAUCUCAGCAACUCUUGGAGUCUUUUCGGCAGUGGCAUGUAUUAUAUUUGAGAAUGUUCUGUUUAUAAUAAAAAAAAAAUGAAAUUUA